GCGUCGUCCCCAGCGCCCGCCAGCCCGGCCCGCGCCAGCCAGCAUUUGAAAACUAUGUGGUGCCUCCUUCUGCCUACCAUGGUGACUGAAGAGAGGCCUACUGUCAUUUGAAUGGUUUUCAGAGCACCGGAGGCAAGGACUUUUGCUGGAGUGAAAUGGAGGCCUCAGUGAUACUGCCCAUCCUAAAGAAAAAGCUGGCCUUCCUUUCAGGAGGGAAGGACAGACGCAGUGGACUCAUCUUGACAAUUCCGUUAUGCCUUGAACAGACAAACAUGGAUGAGCUGAGUGUCACUUUGGACUAUCUACUCAGCAUUCCAAGUGAGAAAUGUAAGGCCAGAGGAUUUACCGUGAUCGUGGAUGGCAGGAAGUCCCAGUGGAAUGUAGUGAAGACAGUAGUCUUAAUGCUGCAGAAUGUUGUUCCAGCUGAAGUAUCCCUUGUAUGUGUAGUGAAGCCAGAUGAAUUUUGGGAUAAGAAAGUAACACAUUUUUGUUUUUGGAAAGAAAAGGAUAGACUUGGCUUUGAGGUUAUUUUAGUGUCUGCCAAUAAGUUGACUCGUUACAUAGAGCCAUGCCAAUUGACAGAAGACUUUGGUGGGAGUCUUACCUAUGAUCACAUGGACUGGCUAAAUAAGAGGCUGGUCUUUGAGAAGUUUACAAAGGAGUCCACGUCAUUACUAGAUGAACUUGCUCUGAUUAACAAUGGAAGUGAUAAGGGGAAUGAGCAGGAGAAAGAAAGGUCUGUGGAUUUAAACUUCCUUCCGUCUGUUGAUCCUGAGACAGUUCUUCAGACAGGGCAUGAGUUGUUAUCUGAAUUACAGCAGCGUCGAUUUAAUGGCUCUGAUGGAGGGGUCUCGUGGUCUCCUAUGGAUGAUGAGCUGCUCGCACAGCCACAGGUUAUGAAGUUGUUAGAUUCACUCCGGGAGCAGUACACGCGCUACCAGGAAGUCUGCAGGCAGCGCAGUAAGCGAACACAGUUGGAGGAGAUCCAGCAGAAGGUGAUGCAGGUUGUGAACUGGCUAGAAGGGCCUGGAUCUGAACAACUGAGAGCACAGUGGGGGAUUGGUGACUCCAUCCGGGCCUCCCAGGCCCUGCAACAAAAGCAUGAGGAGAUCGAGAGCCAGCACAGUGAGUGGUUUGCAGUAUACGUGGAGCUUAACCAGCAGAUUGCAGCACUCUUGAACGCUGGGGAUGAGGAAGAUCUGGUGGAGUUGAAGUCUCUGCAGCAACAGCUUAGUGAUGUUUGUUACCGACAGGCCAGUCAGCUAGAGUUUAGGCAAAAUCUCCUACAGGCAGCUUUGGAAUUUCAUGGUGUGGCCCAAGAUUUGUCUCAGCAGUUGGAUGGCUUAUUAGGUAUGUUGUGCGUAGACGUAGCACCAGCUGAUGGAGCAUCGAUUCAGCAAACUUUAAAACUGCUUGAAGAGAAGCUGAAAAGUGUUGAUGUGGGAUUGCAAGGCUUACGAGAAAAAGGUCAAGGUCUCCUGGAUCAGAUCUCCAAUCAGGCUUCCUGGGCCUAUGGAAAGGAUGUAACUAUUGAAAAUAAAGAAAACGUGGACCAUAUACAAGGAGUGAUGGAAGAUAUGCAGCUUAGAAAACAAAGAUGUGAGGAUAUGGUAGACGUGCGGAGGCUGAAGAUGCUUCAGAUGGUGCAGUUGUUUAAAUGUGAAGAGGAUGCUUCCCAGGCAGUAGAAUGGCUAAGUGAACUUCUGGAUGCCCUACUGAAGACCCACAUCAGAUUGGGUGAUGAUGCUCAGGAAACGAAGGUUUUACUGGAAAAACAUAGAAAAUUUGUUGAUGUUGCACAGAGUACAUACGACUAUGGCAGACAGUUGCUCCAGGCAACGGUUGUUUUGUGCCAAUCUUUGCGCUGUACUUCCCGGUCUUCAGGGGACACACUUCCUCGACUGAACAGAGUGUGGAAGCAGUUUACAGUAGCAUCUGAAGAGAGAGUGCAUAGGUUGGAAAUGGCUAUUGCCUUUCACUCAAAUGCUGAAAAGAUUUUGCAGGACUGCCCAGAAGAGCCUGAAGCGAUUAAUGACGAGGAGCAGUUUGAGGAAAUUGAAGCAGUUGGGAAAUCACUUUUGGAUAGACUCACUGUCCCUGUGGUUUACCCAGAUGGAACUGAACAAUAUUUUGGGAGUCCAAGUGACAUGGCUUCUACUGCAGAACACAUCAGAGACAGAAUGAAACUGGUCAGUCUCAAAAGGCAGCAGCUGAGACAUCCCGAAAUGGUGACCGCAGAAAGCUAAUGUUCCCCAGCUCCAACAGAUCUGCAGGUCAUACGCCCACACAUCUUCACAGCUGGCAUACUGCUGUGCUAGCCACAGCUCAUUAAGACGCAUUUCCCAGCAGGAUAAGCCUCCUUUCUUCCCACAACACGUCUCUAAAUGCUAACACCUCUUGGCUCCCAUGGCAUAAUCAUGUAACAUGCUUUGACGCUCUAGACUCCAGGUGUCUUAAAGAAGGAACUGUAAACACUGCACUGAGUCCUUGCUUUCACGCUUUAUCUGACUUGUCAGUUUGUAGAUGAGCAACUGAAAAUAAGCUUUUGAAUGGUGCUAAUCGGAGUUUAGGAAUUCUCUAUAAAAACAUGGUUGCCCCUCCUCCCCAGGUGAUGUAGAACAUUUAGAUCAUAGUUAGACUGUUAGUGGAUAGUGGUGUCCUCAAAAUUUUACUUUGUAAUUCUUCAAAAUUGAUUAUUUUUAUUGUCUAUAUGAAGAAAGCCCUUCAGAUCUUUGAUAUAUCAUAUUCAUUGGAAGACAUUUUCCUAUUGUAUUCAUAAUGUAUUAAAAGUUGUCUGUGCUUAAUAAAAGUCUUCUUUAAGUAUCUCAUUAAUUUGGUAGUUACAUCCUAAUUCUAAACAUGAGUGCCUUAAUAAAAGGGCAUUCUUAGGGUUGUGAGGAUGGGCUAAUCAUUUGGUUUUGAUGGUGGCUGCAUGUAUUUUAGGCAGGAAUUUCAUAUGUAUGCAUGUGUAUAUAAUAAAAAAUAAGCAUGUUUAUUGUGAAAAAAUUAGACCUUUAAAAACAUAAUAAUAGAAGACUAUCUUUAAUUUUUCUCUUGAAAAAUGCUGUCCAAAUUGUUAACUACCCUGAAGAUGCUUGUCUUUAGGCAAAGAGGGCUAGGGAUGAAGGUAUGCUUAAUUAUUUCAAUAUAAUCUUUUGUAUCACAGUAAUUACUCUGGAACUAAAGCAGAAAUUGUUAAUAGUAUUUAAUAUCUCAUGAUGCUAGAGGCAAAAUCAUCCUCAAGAAGUCUAGUCACAAAAACUGUACAGAUCUUUAGAAAUAAAAUUUGUCAUAAAAUUGUAAUGCUUUUAUGUUUGUAUUAAGUUAUAAAAUGUAUAUAAUUUAACAUUGUGUUAAUUUUUAUUUUAAAAGUUUUUUUAAGGUGAAAAACAAUUGGGCUUUGAUCAGUAUAGAAUUAUGCAAAGAAUUGUAUGCUGGUUUAUUUUUUGUGGUCUGUAGAGAUGCUCACAUACCCUCCUAUGCUAAAGCCAGUUUUCUCCAGCCUCGUCUCUGCCAGCCUUGAAGAAGUCUAUGUUCUUUGUCUAGUCAUCCUCAUCACUCACUCUGCAGAGCCUUUCAUUUAGUUAUUACACCUCAUUCUACAGGAAACUGUUCUUUUGAAAGUUAACCAUAGUCUUCCAGUUACUUAAUUGAAGGUUUUUGCUCACCUCCCUUUCUCUCCAUUUCUAGCAUCUCUCCCAAAUCCAUCCCUCAAAGAUGUUAUCUUCUGCCAUCACUGUGAGUGCAGUUGUGAACUCAUAUAGACUAGGUGUUGCAUAUGUGCAGUCUGCUACUGUCCUCAGCUGUGACUCAUUCGGCAUCUCAUCCUAGUGUCCUGCAUUUCACGUCUGAGUUAAAACGCAUGGCUCUCAGCUUCCUCCCUGUCAUUGCUACCUAAAUGAAGGAUGUAUCAUACUUGCCUUCUCUUCCUGGAGUAGUUUUGAUUAAUGGUGCCACAAUGUCCAGGGCAAAAUUCAACUGCUCCCCAUGUCUUACACUGCCACCACCUCUGAGACCAUCCAGAAGUUCUUUCUAUACUUGAUAAUCUUUCUUCGGGACUUUCCUCCUGUGGGUAGGCACUCCUGUGACUCUUCAGACUUCAUGACGGUGCUAGCCCUUUCCUGGUAUGUCAUAAGGUCCCUCAUGGGGCUAACUGCUGUUCCACAUGUCUUGUGCCUAGACCUUUCCUUGUGUGUAGCAUGCUCAGUCCUACACAUGUGUCCCUUUGUAAGCAUUAGUAAUAAUCCCUCUUCUACUGUGGUCUGGCAUGUAUUUGAACGGUGGUAUUUUCUAGAGUUAGGGCUGACUUGUAAAUGUGCUUCUGGGGAAUGUGUAUGAUGCUAGAUCCUUAGACAUGUUCCUUUUAGAUGUUUGUUUCUUAUAUUUAAUGUGUUUCUUUUACUGAGUUUCAGAGUCAUCAGUGUUUUUAUUAUGACUUUGUAAUUAUGCCAUCAGCUCAUGGGUACAUAAUUCCAAAUGAGUUAACUUUCAUAUACCUUAAGCUCUCUUUCCUGCAAAAAAGGUAAAGUGAGACAAAAUACAGAAAUGCCAUGUAUGAUUUGAAUAGUCACAUGAAAUUAGAUACAUAGUCACUCUUCAUUGGCAAAUGUGUUGCCCUGUUUCUGUAUGUGUGUCUUUACAGAUGCACAAGACUGACAAUGGAAAGCCAACAAUGGCCCAAACUGAAUUUUCUCAUCUGGUCACAGUUCACUGAGAGGACACAUGAAGGAUGAGGCUUCAAUUUGUUUGAAAUCUCAGGCCUUUGCUAUGUUGAUGCUGACAUUGGCCUACAAAUGUAAUUAAAAAGAAAUACUUGCCCCCCGCAUUACUUUAGUCCCUCCUAGUUAUUGACUGGCAUUUUAGCUGGGCAACUUUUGUUAGGUUGUGUCUAUUUGCCUGCCUGCCUGCCUUCCAUCCUUUUUCCUUUCUUUUCUGUGUCUUUGUUCCUGUGUAAACUCAGUAGACAAUGGCAGUUUGAUGUCUUCUCUUAGUGCAUGUCUGACUCAGCAGAGCUGUGAUGCAAAGACAACAGCUUCCUUUAGAUCAGUUUGGCUUCAUUCCCAGUUCUUAUUGCUUUGACCUUAAUUUAUAAGGGUGAUUCGUUAGUGGCAUUAGUGAAACUGCUCAGCACUGGGAUGUCAUACUGCAGAGUUGAGUGGAUCUCUUACUUUAUUGGGGUUUAAAUAGUCGGCUGGUGACUAUUUCCUGCUCUUCAUAUACUGGUCACUUCAUUACUUUCAGUUGAUGUGUGGCAUGCUGUUACAAUUGUUACUGUCAUUCUUCCCAUUGAGAACAUGUCAAGUUGUUUUUUUUAUUGUGCUAAGCAAAUCUUAUUUCAUCUAAAUAAUCAUAGUACGGCCCAGUAUGUAUCCCUCUGCACAGUAUACAUUGGUAGAGAUCAUUUAGCCUUCUUUUAUAUGCUGCAUAACUUUCCAGAGGAGAUUAGGUAUGCUUGUGUAUGUCUCACACCCUACCCAAAGAACACUGAGUGGUAAGGAAACACGAUGGCUGCUGAAAACUAAAGCUACUCUAACUGGUGUAAUUCUGUAGAUCUUGAGGCUGUAUAGAAGGUACAGGCAGAAAUACGUAUCAGUAAAUAGGCUAACAUCCAUUACAAGACUUGUACAAUGCUAGUAUCUUAGAUUAAGCACCCAAAGAAAAAGCUUUCCAGGAUUUAAAAAGAUGUGUGAAGAUAGCCAAGCAGUUAACUGAAUUAGCAAACUUGACAGUGCUGACUUUAAGGUCUCAAAGCAAAGAGUCUCAGCUGAGAGCAGAAAGGAUUUUCUGAUAUGUAGCUAACAAAUAUCUUGAUGAAACAAUCAAUAGCAUUUGACACUCUUUGACUUCACAGAAUCGAUAGAUGUCAAUGAAUAUCCCUGAGACUCUAAAAUAGGAAAUGUACAAGUCAUCAAUUUCAAUAAUGAAAUAUAAUAAUCUACAGAAGUAUUAAAAACUGAAGGGGCAUGUACAGAGGAAGGCAUCAUUGCUGUGAUCCUUCAGAGUACAAAAGUUUUCCUUAAUCUUGGAAUUCAUGGACUGGUAGAAAGGACACACUGUUUAUCCCCUCUGCUCCAUACUCCCUUUACCCCGUCCCUUCAUCCCUACCCCCAUCUACCCAGUGAAUGAGGAAAAGUGCAUUUAGAUUACAAGCCUAAAGUACUGAGGGUGGAGCUGGCGCCCUCCUCAGUGAGUGGCGCUUUAAAGCCAACAGAGUGUCUGCUGUGGGAAGAUGACAGCAUUAAGAUGGAAGACACCACACAAGUAUCAUCUCUGUUGACUUUGAUAGGGCAUGAGACAACUCCAUGAACUCCAUUAAUUAACACAAGCCAAAGAAAGUUACAGGAGGAAUGUAUUAAGAAGGAAAUGAACUAUAAAAUCAAGAGCGUAUAUCUGAGGUAAACAUGGCUUGAGACCACCGUUAGAGCUGGUUAGAGAAGAGACAAUUUGACAGACAGGCAGUGAUGGUGAUGGGGAAAGACCAGUCGUGUAAUAGAACUUAGAAGUGAGGGUGUGCUGUUGGGCGCCAGUCGGUGAAGGUGAUGCUCAGUGUGACUUAAUUGCCCCAGCCGUCUUUUAAAGCAAACUUGAGAGCAAACACUAGUCUGUGCUUCAGAACAAAGCAGCAGAACCUGUGCUCGGACACGAAGUACUUCAGGAGCACAGGAAAGCCAGCACUGAAACUAAAUAUUAUGAAAGCUGGUGAGUAAAUGUUUCAAGGAAUCAAGAUUAUUUUUGUGAGAACUCUUUAUGAGGCAAAAAUGCAGUAUAUAAUUCCUAUAUGCCAUGACACAGGAAUUCUAAACAUAGGCUAAAAAUAGCGACUGUCAAGCUUUUAGAGCAGAGCUGUGAAGGGUGUGAGGUAAGAUGUAGGACACCAUUUCUGACAGGGCCUCGCACUCUGGGAGGUGGGGUAAAUGUCAGAGCUGUUUCCCCAAGUUUUAUUAUAAAAUUUUUAAGACUAUAAAAUUAAAAACAAUUUUAUAGUAUCCUCGUCACCUGGGUGUUAGUUGCCCUUGCUUUGUCACAUGCCCAUCCGUCUGUCCAUCCAUCGAGAUUUUUUUUCGAUGCAUCUAGAAUCGCAAGCCUCUAUUUGCUUCCACCUAAAUACUCCAGCACGCCUUUUACUAGCGAGGGUUCCAGGCCUGCUUUUGGCUUUCUUUUGGUAUAAAAUUUGCAGCACAGAACAUUGACCAGCACCGUGUUUUCAUAAAUACAUGGAGUACUAUAUAGAGGAAAACCAUUCUAGAAAGUUCUCACGUGGCCCUUAACAUUAAUUCCUGACCUCCACAUGACAAGCCCUGCUCUUUUUCCUACUGUAAGUUAGACUGCUGUGUUGUAGAACUUGUCGUUAUUAGCAUCACACAUCAACUACUUUCCUUGACAAGGCUUCUUCACUACCAUAAUAUUUGGGAGAUUUAUCCAUGGAGUUGCUUUUACUUAUUCAUCCCUAUUUUAUUGCUAAAUAGUGUUCCCAUUUAUUAUAUAUUGCCACUUGUUUUUCCAGUUUCUUAUUGGCUAACUACGCUAUUUGCAGGAGUGGCAAUUAUGACCAAAGCUGCAAAUGAUCAUUCUUAACAUACAGCUUGAAUAUUGUUAUUUCUUUUCUCAUGGGUAAAUACUUAAAAUUUCUGGCUCAUACGAGUGCUUUUUAAAAAAAGAAACCACCAUCCCUUUCCCCAAUGUGAUUGUUCUGUGCUCUGAUUUUUAUAUUUUGAGUGUGUAAAAAGGUGUAAACUAUUUUUCUGAUUCUCAUGUUUAAAUAGUAAGAGAAGUUGGGGUAGAAAUGAUAUCACUCAUGUUUGAAUGUGGUAGUUGGCAUUUCAGAGAAAUAAGGGAGCCCGUCUGCUACAAAACAGCUCCCCAAGAGGUUCCUAAGACGUGAACUUUUAGAAUUAGCUCCACUUUGAAAAGUUAGACUCUAAGCAUGCUAAUUUAUUAGCUAGAAGAAAUGGCACUAUCUUGAUUAUGUUAAAUUUACCACCCACUCUCAGUAAAGAACGUAAGGCAUCAUUGAGUGGUAAAGAACACUUUGUGAUGGAAGUGGAGUGGACCAGAAAAAAAUAAACAAGAUCAUAUACAAGAGUCAGUUCCUGAUACCACAGCAUGAAAAAGACACCUGAAUGAGGAAGUACCCCCGUGGUGGUCAGGAAAGCAGAGACUAGGAUGGCAAGAACUCUACCUCACAGUUUUACAUAGCGGAUAGGUAUGGUUUUAUAGAAUUUUAACCUUUAAAGGUCACAGUUUCCAUCUUUUUAGCCCAGGUUUGUUUCUUUCAUACGUGGGUGACUUUUUUCUACUGUGUACCAUUCUCCUGUUCUAUUACACGGAGUAUUCGCUUGUGAAAUUAUGAUCAUAUAUAUGUUUCCAAUACCCAUCUUCAAAUAUACCAGUGCGUGAUUCAUCUAACCUUUCCUAUAGAAUUUUUAAGGGCUGGGAAAUUUGGCUUCUGUUGUAUAUCCCUAUAAUGUGCCCGCAUUGUAAAUAUGCAAUAAAAAUCAUAAAACAUGA